AUGGGAUUAAAUAAUUACGAGCAAAAAGAUUUGCUAAGACGUAUUAAGGAAUGGAAUGCUACGAGACUGGAUUUAUUCAAAAUAUCGGAACCUAAUAAGCGAAAUGAAUUCAAUGGUGUUGUACGUUUCUUUUUUCGUGGAGAUGAUGGAAAAUAUCAAAGCAAAUGUAUACGUAUAACAAAUACAGAUACAGCAAGAUAUCUUGUAAAUAUACUAGUUGAAAAAUUUCAUCCAGAUUUACGUAUGCUUACUGCUGGACGUUAUGCUAUCUAUGAAUAUCAUGCAAAUAAUGGAGAACGGCGUUUAGGAGCAGAUGAAGCGCCUUUACUAGUUCAAUUAAAUUGGACAGCAGAAAAUCAAGAAGGACGGUUCAUAUUACGUGAUGAGUCUAAACCCCAAACAAUCACUCGUCCUGAUUCAAAUUAUCAAAAUGGUUCAGCGACGAUCAUAACAUCAACAUCAACAACACAUGGAUUAAAACAAAGAAAAAAUAGUAAAAAUUUAUUAACAACAGAGAAUAACACAGAUGACAAACAAACACGUGGAUUUGUUAGACGAUGGUCAUCAGGAUCAAGAAAGAAACAAAGAAAAUCUAGUAAAAAUCGUUCUGAUCUUAUAGAUGAUGAAUUAGAACAAGUUCCUGAUACUACAUUUACACGAACAUUAUCUAAUCCAGAUGAAGUAUUACGUCGACGUCGACAACAACGAAUACACAAUCGAAAUCAAUGUAUGGAUAUAACUGAUGGAAUUAAAAGAGGUAGUUUAGUUAAAAUUUACGGUAGUUCAUUAAAUCCAACAAUACCUUACAUAUUAUUACCAAUAUCAACCAAUGAUACAGCUGAACAAAUUGUAUUAUGGACAUUAGAAAAGUAUAAUUUAGUGAAUCAUGUUGAUCCGAGAGAUUACUGUUUAGUUAUGGUGAAUUUACCAUUACGUGGUGGUGCUGGCAUCGGUGGCAGUAACCAUAGUGGAAUGAAUGGAGUUGAACGUUUACCACAAGGUAUUGACAAAGAAAUUACACUACAUGAUAAAGAUUGUGUUUUAAAGUUUCGUGAAAUGAUACGAUCCAACUCUGGUGUAUCCAAUAUAAUACAGAUUAGACAUCGAUAUGUAGUAGGUAAAGAUGGUAAGCGGCCUCCAUUAACAUCACCAGCUUAUCCUCAUGCACCAAUUCAACAAGCACCGAUUUCAUUACAUUCUAAUUCUUCUUCAUCUUCAUCUUCAUUUCAUAAUCAUAAAGAUGGAAAACAAUUACGUCAAAGUCAACAAUUAACAGAUAUGCCAUAUUUAGUUCAAGUAAACGGUGACUUAGAUCAUUCAAUACAUCCUAAAGGGUUUACAAUUGAUUUAACAGAUCUAUUUACAAGAGCAUACACAUUGCCUAUUAAACUUGGUACAGUAGGAAGUAUGGUAGGAUCAUAUCCUAAUGUAUUAAUAAAUAAGACUGAACAUCCUGAUAUUCGACCAGUUCAUUGUACAUUUUGUGUUGUCCUAACAACCAAUCAAAUUACUACGACAAAUUCAACUGUCAAUACUAAUGAUAAUACUAAUAAUAAUACAUCAAAUACUACACAGAAAUGGAAAUUACCCAAAUCUGUUUCUACGCCAGAUUUAGAAAAUUUCGCCAAUUACUCAUUACUACUUACACCAUCAUUGGAUGGUUUUACAAAACCACCUGGACCAGCAUUGGUUCGUGUGAAUGGUACACGUGUAACUGGUCCAAUACUUGUAUCAAAUAAUGCUAUUCUACAAUUAGGUAAAACAUUAUACUUAAAGUAUAUUCAACCAAUGCAAACUAAAUCAUUGAAUUCACUUACAAAUGCUAAUAAUAAUAACAAUAAAAUGCAAAUUAAAACAGAGAAUGCAAAUAAGAUACAACAAACAAUAACAAGAUUACCAUCAUCAUUAUCGUUAUCGAAUCGGUUAGCAGAAAAACAAAUUGAUUUAAUGAAUGAAAAAAAUCAAAAUGAUGAUGUUAUGAAAUUGAAGAAGGAUUCGCAAUUCACUGGAGGUACACUGUCAAAAACACAGACAUUGAAAACUUCUUCAUCAAAUUUGAAUUUAUCAACAAAAAACCAAGAAAUUAAUGGUUUUAAUAUUGAUGGAAAUAAAAAGCCAUCUCAUAAAUUACCCAAUACAACAGUGACAUCAUCAUCAUCAUUAUCUAAAUCGGAUCAAUUACCAUUAUCCAUUGAAUUAGAACAUACAAAUGAAUUACCAUCAGAUACUUUAAUGGAUCAAUAUAUUAAUUUAAUUGAUCGUAUUCUAAUCUGUACACAAUCGGAUUUGAAUAACACGCAAAAAUUAUCUCAUGAAGAUCCUGUGAAAAGUCGUUCAUUCUAUUUAUCACUUGCUUACGCAUUGUAUUUAACUUAUAGAUCUUUUAUAAAGAAAUUGAAUACAACAAGUCAAUGUCAAUUAAAUGAACGAGAACAUUGUAUAUCGCAUUUAACAAAUUAUAUGGCUAAUAGAAUCUAUGAAUCUGUACCGAAUUUCAAUCGUAAUUCCAAUUCAAAUCCUUCACUUCUUAUUAAACCAUUAACAUAUUGGCUUGGAAAUAGUAGUGAAUUAUUGCAUUUUUUCAAAAAUGAUAUUGAUCUUUGCUCAAAUCGUUCUAGAACUAGUCGUCAUCAAAAUGAUCAAUCAGGAUCAUUAAUACAAUCAGUGAUUUGUCGUGAUGCAUUACAUUUAUUAGCUGAAACUGUAGAUCAUUGCUUUUAUUAUUUACGUUCAAUUAUGUGUAGUAUACUUCAACCAUGGUUAUCAUGUUUAACAUAUCCUGGAGAUUUAGAUUUACAAGACGAUGUACUUCUAGAUGACAAACCAAUCGAUCCAUCAGAAACAUGGAAUAAACACAAAGAACCGAUAAGUAUGCAAAUUAUUCUGCGGAAUUUUACUUAUUUAAUGCAACAACUAAGAAAAUCACGUGUCAAUCCUGCUUUAACUUUCCAGUUGUACUCACAAUUAUUUCAUUUGAUUGGUGCAUAUAUAUUUAAUACAGUUCUAAUCGAUACAGAAGCUAAACCCAGAAAUGUUUUAAAUGACGGUAAUUUAUGGCUUACAAGACUUGGAGCAUCACGUCUGAAUAGACGACUGGAUCGUGUUAAACGAUGGGCUCAUAGACAAGGAUUAGAACUGGCAGUUGAAUGUCGUCUUCAAAGAUGUACACAGGCAUGUCAAUUGAUAAUGGCUAAUCGUACCAAUUUAGAUGAAUUCUAUCAACAUUGUAUAAGUUUAAUUUCGUUAAAUAGUAUUCAAUUAGAGUGGUUAUUAGCUCAUUUAUCUGAUCCACCACCUGUCCCUGAUGAAUGGAUUGAUUUAAUUGUGACUGGAGCCAAGGAGGUUAAUGACCGUGCAUAUGCUGAUGAAAUCGAGCAUUAUAAUAUUAAUACAGGACAAUCUGAUCAUACAUUGUCUGAAUUACAAUUGAAUGAAUUAAAAGAACUACCAAUUCCUUUAUUAUUACCAGCUGAUGGUUAUGUAUCCGAUGCUGUACUUAGCGGUAUUCCAGAUGGUCUGUUGGAUUUUCUACAUCCUUUAAUUAAAACUGGUUUAAUUAAAGUGAGAAAGCAUUCAAUUGUAAAUGGACAAUUAGAGAAUCGACCAUGGACUAAUUGUAUGCGACUAUCAAUGCAUGAAACUGAACAUGACAAUCAUAAUCAACAUUCCAUAUUGAAAGUAACACAAAAUCAAAUUCAUAAAAAUCGUAAUAAUAAUGAUAAUAAUAAUACUCAACAGGUUCUACAACAAAAAUGUGAUCAAAAAUUAAAACAAAAUAAAUUGGAUACUAAUCAUUUACAGAAUAAUCAAAAUUUAACAAAUUCAAAUAGUAGUUUGAAUAGUACCACAGCAACUACUACUACUGAUAGUGUUGAUAGUAGUGGAAGUCAUUUAAAAGAAUUUUCUACACAAACUGUACGUUAUCAACCAAAUAAAUCAUUAAAUGGUACUUUACAAAAAUCAAUAAAAAAAUCAAUACCAAUUCAUAAAGAUAUAAGAACACAUAUAUCAUUACCUGAUUUAAGUUAUGCUAAUUUUGAACAAUUAGCUAAAGAAGCUAAUGUACCAAUCAAAUCAAUAACACAAAUAUUCUUAAAGAAAAUCAAUAAUAGUUUAGGAUUAAGUAUAGUAGCUGCUAAAGCUGAAGGUCAUCGUUUAUAUGGAAUUUAUAUUAAAGAUAUUGUACCAAAUGGUUCAGCUGAUCAAGAUGGUCGUUUAAAAACUGGUGAUCAAAUAUUAAUUAUUGGUAAUACAAAUUUAAUUGGUUGUGCACAAUCUGAUGCUGUUGCAAAAAUAUCUAAACAAAAUAAAUCUGAUGAUGGUAUACAAAUGAUUAUUGCUAAGAAAGCAGCUCACUAUCAUAAAAUUGUUGAAUUAAUUAAGCCAAAAACAAUAAUAAAUUCAACUUCUAAUAAUCAUAUAAAUCAUGAUAAUAGAUAUAUACAAUCAACUGAAUUAUCUUUAAUUCCUUCAGAGAAUAAACAUCAUAUUCAUGAUCUAUUACAUUUAAAUCAAAGUCAACCCGAUCUUCGGAUCCAUACUCAACAAGAUCAUAAUACUGUAGAUAAUCUAUCAAGAAAUACUACUGAUAAAAAGGCUACCAGAAAUCACUCCCGUUCUCAUCGCCAUCACCACUAUACACAACAACAGAUGGAUAUCGAUAAACCUGACAAUACAUACACAUCACGUCAUAAUCAACAUCGAAUCGAUAAAAGUAAGCAGUUAGAUAAAUCAAAACAAAAGAUUGGUUCUUUAAGUCGAUCUACACCAUCAUUGAAUCUAGCUCAAGUUGGAAUGGAUGACGAUAUGGUCGAAUUAGACGAUAAUGAAAACUAUACGGAUAAUAAUGCAGUAUCAAAUCACUCACCCAAACGUUCAAGGAGAAACAGAACUCGUAUUACAGAAAAAAAUGACAGACCUCAAAGUGUUGGUGCCCGAUCCAGUUCACAAAUUAAUCAACAACACUUACUAUCGAAUUCUUCAUCAUUUAACACUACAUCAUCGGAAUCAGAUAUUAUUGUGAAUGAACCGGAAGAAGGUAUCGGACAGUAUCACAAUCAUGAAAGUAGUUUCCGUAAUAGUUACUUACCAACGCGUCAGCAACAAAGUGAAGAUUACAGAAGAACAGAAUCUCCAAUCAAAUCAUCUAAACAGAAAUACAAAUCUCAUAAACCUUCUAAUUCACCAUUAAUAUCAUCUCAUCAUAUGUCUGAAAAUUCUCACUCACAACUAAAUAUAUUAAAAAAUGUUUGUAUUGACAAUCAGGAUAAUACUGAUAAUGUACAUGAAAAACACUCACUUGUAAACAGUAUUAAAUAUCCCCCUCUUCCUCAUCAACAAAAUCACCAUCAAGAUGAAAGACCUCGACCAAUUGUUGAAUCAAUAUCGAAUGAUUUAAGUAGUCUGGAAUCAGUAACUAGUCAACAAACUGUUUGUAGUUUAAAUGAAUCUCAACCAAUAACCGAUUCUUACGAUAACAUGCAAAAUAAAGCAAACAGUAAUGAACAUCGACGUAUUCGUCAUCAACCACCACCGCCACCACCUCAAUCUAAUCCAUCAUUGAAUCAUGAAGCUACAAAAACUGAUCUUAUUCUGAAUAAAAAAAUGGGAAACCAGCAUGGCAAUGAUGAUUGGAGUCAACAUAAAUCAACUGAGAAUAGAAAUAUCACUUCCGUAAAAUAUGAAAGUUCAAAUGAAAUUUCAAAAAAUAAUUCAUCUGCAUCUCAGAGGGUUGAUAAAACUAAUUAUGAUUCCAGUUCAACUGACCAUCUAGCCUACAUUCCAUAUUCGACUGAAACUACUCAAUCAUCUAUACAUAAAAACAAGGCAACUGAGGAAGAUAGUCCAGUGAACAGUUUGUUAAAUAUUUCACCGCAUAACUUAGGACAAUCCACUUUACACUCUGUAAAUCAAGCAUCAGUCGGUCGCCAACAAAAUAACUCCUCAACAAAAUCACUUCCUUAUGAGGAUGAACCAGAUUCAGAAGCCUUGAAACCACCUUCUCACGCUGUAGUAUCUACUAACCGAUGGACUGAAGAACCCAGUAUUAUGAUGAGAGGUCUAGUGGAACAAACUGAUCUUCCCGUUGUACAUAUUAACCCUCAGCGUGGUCGUAUCUCAACCAAACCCUAUCAGGCCAAUGAAAUAAAUCAAUUGAAAGUGGAGAAUACUAAUAACACUAUACAACCGUCUAAACCUAUUGUACAUGAUCGUAUUCCUCAGUAUACAAGUGAUUAUCGAAAAUAUGAUUUACCAGGGAAUUUGACAUCUGUACAGAAAUCAGCAUCAUAUAUAUCUACUUCAUCUUAUCCAAAUCAAUCCUCAGGUAUACAGUUUUCAGAUAGUGAUAAAUUCAAUCCAGUUUCUUCACAAAAUAAUCGAUUAAAUAUGGAAGUACACAAUACAUUACCUACUUAUCCCAGACCUAUAACAACAUCAUAUGUUCCGUCACCGCCUCCUAUUCCAACUGCAGAGUAUCCACAAUAUCAUCCACCGGAACGAUUAGAACCAGUUCACUGGUCAACGUAUAAACAUUGUUCAUCUACAAAUGAAUCACAUCUAUCGCCUAUAUCUACUAAUCCAAUUGAUGUACAAUCUUCUACAAUUAAUUCAUCAUUGAAACCAUUGGACCGAAUAAUCCAUAGGCCAGAUUCAGAUGACAAUUAUCCAUCUUCAUUACCUAAAUACUCCAAUAAACCGGCUGCAUUUCGUUCUUCAUCUCCGACUAGUUCAGCUGCAAGUCGCGUUAUUGCAAUUCAAUCAGAAAUUGCUGAAUUAGAAGCUCAACAAUGUGUUGAUAAUCGAUUAGAUUUAAGUUCAACAUUAGAUAGAUUACAUGUGGAAUUGCAAUUUCAAAAACGUUUAGCAGAACGUGAAUCGAAUUGCAAGAUUGCAGUAAAUAAUAAUAAUAAUAUCAGUACCAGUAAUAAUUCUAUAGUAAAAGAAACCAAAAAUUAUAAUAUACCUGAAAAAUCAAGUACACUAGAAUCAUCCCAGUCUCGUUCAUCAAUGUCUAUAUCCAAUACAAAUCAUCCUAAUGAACAUGAUUGGGUUCAAAAACGUAAUCAAGCUGAACAAGAGUUAUUAGAGACACAAAAUCAAAAACUAUCACAAUUAGAACAAGAGCAUAGAGCAAUGUUAAUAAGACAAGAACUAAGAGCUAAAGAACGUAGUCAUUGGUUUGAACAUAAACAUCAAGUGCAAUCUCCCUCCAGUUCAUCAUCGUUACCUAGAAACGCAGAAACAGUUGAUGAUGACGUAAAAUCAUGGAAUUAUCAAAAUUUAAGUCAAGUACCUCUUAGACAAAGCUCUGAAGAUAACAUAUCUCAAAUAUCAACUAGUCAAAAUCGUUAUGGUCGUCCAAGAUUCGAUAAUAAUAAUAAUAAUAACAAUACAGAAAUAUCCAAACCGGCUUCUUAUUCUUUACAACAUCCUAUUCAAUCACGUUUAGGUCCACAAAUUAUUGAAAGUGAAUUAAAUCGUUUACAAAUAGUAUCUGGUACAACUGGUUCAUCUGUUGAAAGUAUACGUGUAAAAAAAUCAGUAUCAUUUGAUAAAAAUUUAGAAACUAUAUCUGUCUAUAGUCCACCAACAACACCACAUGGAAGUUUCAUAGAACAUGGAACUAUGCAUAAAUCUCAAAUUCCUAGCAUAACAUUAACAUCGGGACCGAAAAAUUCACUGAAUUCUUCAUCCAUUAAUUCAUCAUAUAAAAAAUCAUUGAGUCCUCCAGUUGGAUUUGAAAUUGAUGAUAAGACAAAUGAUAAAAAUCAUCAAAGUAAUAAAACAAACCUAAAUCACAGCGUACCAAGAUCAUCUUCUCAGGGAAAACUUGCCACAAACAAUACGCCACCUACAAUAACAGUGAAACCUCCACCUAAUGCAGAAUUGUUACCAUUUAAAGAGAAAAUGCGUUUAUUUGCUCAACAAAUUGGUGAAGAUCCACCAAAAGAGCGUAUUAAAGCAUCUAGUCGUCAAAGAGAAUUACAAUCAGUAAAUAAUUUACAUUAA